GUACUGGCUUAAGAUAUAUAAAACCUUCAUUAUGUUCCAUUUGUAUGUGGGGUUUUUUUUGGUCAUAUUUUGUAUUAGAAGGGAAUAACUCCUAUUCAGUCUCUGUGCUAGAAUAUUUCCUCUCUUGUCCUUUCUUCUUAGAAGUCACAUGAAUGAGAUCAUCCCAAAGGGAAAUCGGAGUUUGAUUAUAUUGUGACCUGGUCUAAUCUAAAUGGCCAGGUUUUUCUCCCUAGGCAAUCUCAUCUACUUCCAUAGUUUUAAUUGCCCCAAUAUGAUGACAAUUCUAGAAUCUUCUUUGCUAACCUCUUUCUCUGAGUUCUUGAAUCACUAUUGGAUAUGGAUACUUUUGAUGUUCAACUCGCAUUUCAAAUCAGCCAAACUGAUUGUUACUCUCCAUCCUUCCCUCCACCCCACCCCACUGCUACAUAGCACACACGUGCAUGUGUGCGCCCAUACACACACACACACACACACACACACACACACACACACACAUCCAGAACAAAAACUUACCACUUUUUUCUUACAUUUCCUGUUUGGUUAUUCCAGUAUAGUGCUCCCAGACACAUAAACUAAAAGCCUAAGAGGUAUUGUCUACUCUUUCCUCUUUCUCACCACCUCCCACAAAUAAUUGGUUAUCAAGCCCUGAAGAUUUACCUCCAAAAUACAUCUUAAGUCGGUCUCCUUUCCAGAUCCUCGGUUACUGCCUCAGCUCAGGCCCCUAUACCACUUUUCUGGACUACAGUAGCUGCCAAACUAGCUUUCCUAUCUAAUUUCUCCUCUUAUUUACUCUCUCCACUUCUCCUAAGAUGAUCUCUUUAAAGACCAGAUAUGGUCAUGUCACUCCCUUACUUAAAACCCUUCAGUGGCUCACCUAUGGGAUAUAGUUCAUGUUCCUCAGCCUGGUAAACUAAGCUUUUCUCCAUCUAACUGCUGACUCUUCUCCCUUACACUUCAGUAGUAUGCUACUUGUGAUUUCCCAGAUUGUUACUUGUAGUUGGACAACCUGUUUGUGCUACCUAGGAUUCCCUCUCCCUGAAUCCAUCCUAUUACCCCCUCCAGUGGUAUGCUGGAGCCAGCUCCUACUAGCUAGGGAAAACUGCUUGUUAAAUAUUCAGGAAUUUUGCCAGCCAGUUUUUAAUCCGAAAUCAGCCGUGAUGGGGCGUAUUUUCACCACAAACAUCAGUAAAUACUACAAAUCAGGACUUUCCCUCCACCCCAAGCCCUGCAAAAGUUGGUCCUAGCACACCAGUACUCCCGUCCAACUGGCAACAACCUUUGCCUUAAAUUCUGGCUUAGACGGUUCUUUAAAAACCUUCCCUACCCAGCCUUGUUACCUCUACACACAUAAAAUUGACUGCUACUUCCCCUUUACUUUACAUGCUUGAUUAUAGCAUUUGUCACCUUAUAGUAUAAUUCUUUGUUUACAGGUCACUUUUUAAUACUCAACACUUGAGUUCCUGGGGCAGAAUCCACCUUUCAGUUGUCUUUGCGUCUGUCAUUCAUUCACUCAACCUUCACUGCACUGGUACACUUAAUGUGUCUCAGGCACUGUUCUCAGGGCACAAGGUGAAAGGAUUUAGCCACUGUCUGCAAGAAGCUCAGAGCCUAGUCCGUGGGAAGAGACAAAUAGGUCAUUACAAUACAGUGAGACAAGUACAUUGCCAAAAGUCUGUACAAGACACAUUGGAGCCUGAAGAAAACAAACAGACAAUGCCCAGUGUAAUGGGAAAGUCUUCACAGAGCAGAAUGCUCUUUUCAGUUGCAUUAGCAGAAAUGAAAUGGGCUCAGUUUGUUGCAGUUAUGCAGGCCAUCACACAAACUGCCGAGAAUACUGUCAAGCCAUCUUUCGAACAGACUCUUCUCCUGGCCCAUCUCAGAUCAAAGCAGUGGAAAACUAUUGUGCCUCUAUUAGUCCACAGUUAAUACACUGUGUGAACAAUUACACCCAAUCUUAUCCAAUGAGGAACCCAACAGAUAGUUUAUAUUGCUGUGACAGAGCUGAAGACCAUGCUUGCCAAAAUGCCUGCAAGAGAAUUCUGAUGUCUAAGAAAACAGAAAUGGAGAUUGUUGAUGGCCUCAUCGAGGGUUGUAAAACUCAGCCUUUGCCUCAGGAUCCUCUUUGGCAGUGUUUUCUUGAAAGCUCACAAUCUGUUCACCCUGGAGUCACUCUACAUCCUCCUCCCUCUACGGGCCUUGAUGGGGCUAAAUUGCAUUGUUGUUCUAAAGCAAACACUUCAACAUGUAGGGACCUGUGCACUAAACUUUAUAGCAUGAGCUGGGGCAAUACACAGAGUUGGCAAGAGUUUGAUCGCUUUUGUGAAUACAAUCCAGUGGAAGUGUCCAUGUUGACCUGUUUAGCAGAUGUCCGGGAACCUUGCCAGUUGGGCUGUAGAAAUCUUACUUACUGUACUAAUUUUAACAACAGGCCAACAGAACUUUUUAGGAGUUGUAAUGCUCAGUCAGAUCAAGGAGCCAUGAAUGACAUGAAGCUGUGGGAGAAAGGAAGCAUAAAGAUGCCGUUUAUCAACAUACCUGUUCUUGACAUUAAGAAGUGCCAGCCAGAAAUGUGGAAAGCAGUAGCUUGUUCACUGCAGAUUAAACCUUGUCAUAGGAAAUCCCGGGGAAGUAUUAUCUGCAAAUCAGAUUGUGUGGAGAUUCUCAAGAAAUGUGGGGACCAGAACAAAUUCCCCGAGGACCACACAGCUGAAAGUAUUUGUGAGCUUCUGUCACCUACAGAUGACCUAGAGAAUUGUAUACCUUUGGAUACAUACCUCAGGCCUAGUACUUUGGGUAACAUUAUAGAAGAGGUCACUCAUCCCUGUAACCCAAAUCCUUGCCCUGCUAAUGAGCUAUGUGAGGUAAACCGGAAGGGGUGUCCAUCUGGAGAUCCCUGCCUUCCAUACUCUUGUGUUCAAGGUUGCAAAUUGGGAGAAGCCUCUGAUUUCAUCGUCCGUCAAGGGACACUAAUCCAGGUGCCAUCAUCUGCAGGGGAAGUUGGUUGUUACAAAAUUUGCUCAUGUGGACAAAGUGGACUCUUGGAAAACUGUAUGGAGAUGCACUGUAUAGAUCUCCAGAAGUCAUGUAUUGUUGGAGGAAAAAGAAAAAGUCAUGGGACAUCCUUUAACAUUGACUGCAAUAUCUGUUCUUGUUUUGCUGGCAAUUUGGUGUGUUCUACCCGCCUGUGCCUCAGUGAGCACAGUUCAGAAGAUGACCGUCGCACCUUCACAGGUCUGCCCUGUAACUGUGCAGAUCAGUUUGUCCCCGUGUGUGGGCAGAAUGGACGCACUUACCCCAGUGCCUGCAUUGCUCGCUGUGUGGGCCUCCAAGACCAUCAGUUUGAGUUUGGAUCGUGCAUCUCAAAGGAUCCAUGUAAUCCUAAUCCCUGCCCCAAAAACCAAAGAUGCAUACCCAAACCACAGGUCUGCCUGACAACGUUUGAUAAAUUUGGAUGUAGCCAACACGAGUGUUUGCCGAGACAGCUUACCUGUGACCAGGUUCGCGAUCCUGUUUGUGACACACACCACAUGGAGCACAGCAGUCUCUGCGCCUUGUACCAGAGGGGGCAAAGCCUCUUAUACAAAGGCCCGUGCCAGCCCUUCUGCAGAGCCACAGAGCCCGUCUGCGGGCACAAUGGCGAGACCUAUAGUAGCGUGUGUGCUGCCUACUCGGACCGUGUGGCUGUUGAUUACUAUGGGCCCUGCCAGGCCGUCGGGGUCCUCUCAGAGUACAGUUCUGUCGCUGAGUGUGCUGCUGUGAAGUGUCCUUCACUCUCUGCAACUGAGUGCAAACCCAUCAUCCCACCCGGUGCUUGUUGCCCAUUAUGUGCUGGAAUGUUAAGAGUUUUAUUUGACAAAGAAAAACUGGAUACUAUUGCUAAGGUAACAAACAAAAAGCCAAUAACGGUUCUGGAAAUACUUCAGAAAAUCCGCAUGCACGUGUCUGUCCCACAGUGUGACGUAUUUGGAUACUUCAGCAUCGAAUCAGAAAUUGUGAUCCUGAUCAUUCCUGUUGAUCAUUAUCCGAAAGCUUUGCAGAUUGAGGCCUGCAAUAAAGAAGCAGAGAAGAUCGAAUCCCUCAUCAACUCCGACAGCCCCACUCUGGCAUCCCACGUCCCUCUCUCUGCUCUCAUCAUUUCCCAGGUACAGGUCUCAAACAGUGUGCCAUCAGCUGGCAUCGAGGCCAGAGCCCCCUGUCCCCCCUUCCUCCUCCUCCUCAGCCUGGGCCCUGCCUUGCACAUGGUCUGGACACGUAACUGACUGCCCGUGAAAAGUGCAAAAUGUUCCUCCAUAGAGUUUUUCUACAUUGUGAGGGACAUGCAGUACUGCUGGUUUCUAGUUGAAUAGUGGCCAAGUAAAAGCACUUGUCACCUCUAUUCACCACACGGUAUUUUUUUUAAUCUGCCAAUAUUAGGGUUUUUGUUUUGUUCUUACAAAUGUUAAAAUAUGUCCUUCCAAAUACUAAUGAGAAGAGGAUGUCUUCUUUUGGUGGAUUCCUGCCUUACAGUUUGCUCCUUAGAUGGGUCCCCCCCACUCUCGAACAAAUUUGAUAUCACUGAUAAGUGACGUGAUCACUUUUUAGAAAGGUAACUCACUUUACUAUAAGCUUCGUGUCUGGAAACUUCAUUUCAGAGGUCCUUUAAGUAUUAAGGUGCCCCUAGGGUAUGUGUGCUUGUUUACAGAUAAUUAUCUGCUCUGUCUAGAAGCUAGGGGUCGCAGUGAAGAGACUAUUAGAGUAUGAAACAAAGAGAAAGCAUCUUUGGAAUUAUCAUAUACAUCAUCAGGCAAAUUUAAUUUACAGAAAUUUACUUCAGGAACCCAUCUAUUAUGUUAAGCAGAGCAAGCUAUGGAAAUGGCAUUCACGUGACACGUUGUAAGCAAUAGGCUCAGUGGUUACUAACGUGCGUGUGACUUUUGUGAAAGGGAGAAGUUAUAUCACAUCAAAGCAUAUUGCAUUAUGCAUUUUUAUAUUAACCAGAUGUAUAUUCUUCAGUAUUCAUCCGAGUUAAACUUAGAGUUUUUAAACAUCAAUCUUUAAACCGAUUGCUGCUACUUAUAUACUUGCCAAAAAGUGAAAUAAUUAGUAUUUCGUGUAAAUAAUACGUGAUAUUUUUAUUUUAUUAUGAAGAAGGUGAAUAGCCAUAUUUGUAAAGUGACAAUCAUGUGUGUUAACCCAGUACUUUCCGUUCAUGAAGACACAUUGCUUUUUGUGAUAUGCACAGUGUGGAUAAGUGUUCUGUCUGACUUUCUUUUUUUGAUAUAGAAUUAUAAAGAAUUGUGGUUUAAAUAUUUAAAAAUGUCAAUCUAAGUAUUAAAAUGUCUGCAUGUUGUCUGAGAAAUUGAAUACUUUGAAUGUGUUUCACAGUUUGAAAUAAGCUAUUCAGUGUAAUACUUCUUGUUUGUAUGCACCUAAACUUAGAUUUUACAUGAAGUAUUUUUUUCAGUGUUAUAUGUACCCUUUGAAAUAUAUAGGGCUAUGCUCAUUAUACCAAAAUAUUGUUUAAAAGUGGGCACUUAAAGCUUUCAGAAUAUCUCAGUGCUGAUGUAGCGUGUUUGUUGCAAUUGCUUUUUCUAUAUAAAUGUCUUCAAUGCAAUAUACUGGAAAGCUUUUCUAUUUUAAUAAAAAUAAUUUUAUAUGA